GGAAAUGUACACCUUCAGGCAUGCUCGCACAGGAAUUCGACAGCUGGUCUGAAACUUAUCCCCUGAUACGCGCUUCGAUUUUAUUUAUAUAGCCCAAGGGAGCUCAUUGCAUUGGCUUAGUACCUUCCCUUCCCUGUUUCCUCAUUCUUCUUCUCCUCUCUUCUCUCGAUAUCUGUAAUCGCUCUCUGAUGAGAACGGAUGAGGCGACCACGGCAUUCGUGUCGGACGAUGACUCUUCACUCAAGUCCGACGAUUGCUCAGGAUCGAAUCGCGUAAAGUAUCUUUACAGCUAUGGAGGAAAGAUUCUCCCUCGCCCCGGCGAUGGGAAGCUCCGCUACGUGGGCGGCGAGACAAGGGUCAUGGCGGCCGACAGAAGCAUCAGUUUUGCAGAUCUUAUUGCGAAAAUGGCAGAGGUGCUGGGUUGCGAUGUGUUGCUCAAGUGCCAGUUGCCUGGCGAAGACCUCGAUGCUCUUGUCUCCAUUAAAUCUGAUGAAGAACUGGAAAGUAUUUUAGAGGAAUAUGACAGGCUUGGCACUAAAUUGCGGGUCUUCUUGUUUCCGAAACCCGCCAAUCCAUGCCGAGCGGUUGCGCUGAGCGGUCCAUCAAUGCCUGCAGUGGCGGCCAGUCGAACGGUCGCCCGGGGCAGCGGUGGUCACAUGAAGGCUGAAAGUGUGACUAUUUGCUCAACGCCGCGCAUCUCACAGACGCUCCAGGGUUUGGAAAAGCAUUCUUGUACGGCUCUCAACCCUUUACCUCGGAUUCGAUUUGCGCGGAAGGCAGCAAAGGAGUCAUCAUAUAGGAAAGCAGCAGCUUUUAACUGUAUAUCUAAAAAUCCUUACCAGGGAGGAGGUUUAGCAGGCUACCGUGCUCAUCCACAAUUUCUUGUCCAGUAUUAGAGCAUUUCUACUCUCAGAUUUUUGUGUGUUUUCGGCAUGUACUAUAUGUAUGUUAAAGAAAGCCCUAGCUACUACAUCAUCUCAAAAAAAUAUCCGUUUCACCUAAAUUACUCAGUAAACUUGAUUUCUUGCACUCUGCAAGACUCUUUGUAGAUCAAGUUGUCUCAAAAUCAUUUUAUUUUUGCAGAAAGAAUAUUAAACAAAGUUUCUUUUACAUGCUGCAAACCCUAGAACCAAAAAUUUGAAAGUGUUUUUCUUUCCUUGUAACAUACUACGAGUCUUAAAAGGAUAUUUCAAUCUCAAACUGAGAUGCCUAAUCCACGGGUGCAAGUUUUCAAGCCCCGAGAGUUACCAUUUCGAAAUAAAAAAAUUCUUCUUCUUUUCGGUACAA